GCGGCGCUAGGGGCGGGAGCGCGCGCGGGAGGGAGGGAGCUGUGGUCUCGGCGCCCGCCCUGCUUGCAGCUUCGGGUGCUUCGGCGGCUGCAGCUCGGGAACCGGUGGUUGGGGAGGGGGGGUGGGGGGCGCCAGGCAGGUGGGGCGCGAAAGCUAUGACUCUUCGGCUCUUCCUCCUCCCGGACCCGCUCUCCGCCUCUCGCUCCAACGCCCGGAUGAUCUGAGCCGCGAGGGCGCCGAGAGCCGGGGGCCCGGACGCAGCCCGGCUCCUCCCCUCCUCCGCCCCCUCCCCGGCCUGACCUGGCCGGCCGCCGCCGCGGUGACCCCCCUCCCGCCCCCUCCCCGGCCGCCGUCGCCGCCGCCGCCUCGGCGGACCAGGGACUUGCCCGUCCGCGGCUGCUCCGGACCUAGAGAAUCAAGACAUAAUGGGAGCAUUUUUAGACAAACCAAAGAUGGAAAAACAUAAUGCCCAGGGGCAGGGUAAUGGGUUGCGAUAUGGGCUAAGCAGCAUGCAAGGCUGGCGAGUUGAAAUGGAGGAUGCACAUACUGCUGUGAUCGGUCUGCCGAGUGGACUUGAAACAUGGUCAUUCUUUGCUGUGUAUGAUGGGCAUGCUGGUUCUCAGGUUGCCAAAUACUGCUGUGAGCAUUUGUUAGAUCACAUCACCAAUAACCAGGAUUUUAAAGGGUCUGCAGGAGCACCUUCUGUGGAAAAUGUAAAGAAUGGAAUCAGAACAGGCUUCCUGGAGAUUGAUGAACAUAUGAGAGUUAUGUCAGAGAAGAAACAUGGUGCUGAUAGGAGUGGGUCGACAGCUGUGGGUGUCUUAAUUUCUCCUCAACACACGUAUUUCAUUAACUGUGGAGACUCAAGAGGUUUACUUUGUAGGAACAGGAAAGUUUACUUCUUCACACAAGAUCACAAACCAAGUAAUCCGCUGGAAAAAGAACGAAUUCAGAAUGCAGGUGGUUCUGUAAUGAUUCAGCGUGUGAAUGGCUCUCUGGCUGUGUCGAGGGCCCUUGGGGACUUUGAUUACAAAUGUGUCCAUGGAAAAGGUCCUACAGAGCAGCUUGUUUCACCAGAGCCUGAAGUCCAUGAUAUUGAAAGAUCUGAAGAAGACGAUCAAUUCAUUAUUCUUGCAUGUGAUGGUAUUUGGGAUGUCAUGGGAAAUGAAGAGCUCUGUGAUUUUGUAAGAUCCAGACUUGAAGUCACUGAUGACCUUGAGAAAGUUUGCAAUGAAGUAGUCGACACCUGUUUGUAUAAGGGAAGUCGAGACAACAUGAGUGUGAUAUUGAUCUGUUUUCCAAAUGCACCCAAAGUAUCGCCAGAAGCAGUGAAGAAGGAGGAAGAGUUGGACAAAUACCUGGAAAGCAGAGUAGAAGAAAUCAUAAAGAAGCAGGGGGAAGGCGUCCCUGACUUAGUCCAUGUGAUGCGCACAUUAGCGAGUGAGAACAUACCCAGCCUCCCACCAGGGGGUGAACUGGCAAGCAAGCGGAAUGUAAUUGAAGCCGUUUACAAUAGACUGAAUCCAUACAAAAAUGAUGACACCGACUCUACAUCAACUGAUGAUAUGUGGUAAAACUGCUCAUCUAGCCAUGGAGUUUACCUUCACCUCCAAAGGAGAGUACAGCUCAACUUCAUUGAACCUUUUAAACAUCCAUCCUCAACUUUAAAGAAGGGCAUAUAUGACAUGGGUGAGAAUGAUUACACCAGAGAACUUCAGCAGUACAACAGCUAGCCCAGAACUGAUUUUUUUUGUUGUUGUAAAUUUGAGACUUAUGUAAACGUGAUUUCAAACCAUAAUUCAUAUGUUGUAAAUCAGACUCCAGCAAUUUUUGUUGUAUGAUUUUGUUUUUUGUAAAGUGUAAUUGUCCUUGUACAAAAUGCUCAUAUUUAAUUAUGAACUGCUUUAAAUCACUAUCGAAGUUAUAAGAAAUAUUUGGCUUAUUGUGUGAUGCAACAGAUAUAUAGCCCUUUCAAGUCAUGUUGUGUUUGGACUUGGGGUUGGGACAGGAAGAGCAGCAGCCGUGUCAGCUAGACACUCACAUGUGCACCUGAUUAUGGAGAAUUAUUCCAAAAUAUUAUUACAAAGCUGAAUAUCCAGGGAGUUAAUUGAAAACUAUUUUAAUGUUCUUGGCAGUGGGAUUGGAAUUGUUGAUAAAGUUGAUCCCUUCAUUUAACUGUCUUUUAGGUUCUCUCCUUGUUGCCAUGAGUAUUGCAGGUAAUAGAAUAUAUUCAUAAGAAUAUCAAUCUUGGGGCUAAAAUGCCUUGAUUCUUUGCACCUCUUUUACAAGUCCUUACAUUUAAUUACUAAUUGAUAAGCAGCAGCUUCCUACAAAUAGUAGGAGACUGCCACAUUUUUGCUAUCAUGAUUGGCUGGGCCUGCUGCUGUUCCUAGUAAGAUAUUCUGAAUUCCAUUUUAUCAAUAAAGCUUGAUUUAACAAACAAGAAA